AUGAUGGAGUCUACUCAUUCAAACUCUGGCGAUAGCUCAUUCAUGAGCAAAUAUCAAAUAGGAGAGGCAAUUGGAAAAGGUGCAUUUGGAAAGGUUUAUAAAGCAUUGAAUACAGAGACUGGUGAUUUCUUUGCAGUCAAACAGAUAGAGAAAUCAAUUAUAUCAGAGAAACAAUUACCUGCCAUCAUUCAAGAGUUAAAGUUGUUAAAAACUUUACAACAUGUAAAUAUAGUCAAGUUCAUCGAGUCUCAUGAGACAUCCAAGCAUCUCUACUUUGCUCUCGAAUUCAUUGAAGGUGGAUCAUUGGCAAAGAUUGCAAAGAGAUAUGGUAACUUCCAGGAACCAUUACUGAGUCGGUACAUCAGUCAGGUGUUGCGUGGAAUAGAAUAUUUGCACGACAAGGGCGUAAUACAUAGAGAUAUUAAGAGCGAUAAUAUAUUGAUCACCAAAGAGGGUGUGAUCAAGCUGGCAGACUUUGGAUCAUGUACAUACUCGGCAUUGGAUCGCAAGCUGACAGUGGUAGGCACACCAUUUUGGAUGGCGCCCGAGGUCAUCCAGAUGGACAUGAACGCGCGUAGCACAGCCUGCGAUAUUUGGAGUCUGGGCUGCACGAUCCUCGAGCUGCUGACGGGCUCGCCACCAUAUUGGGAGCUGGGCACAAUGCCAGCAAUGUUUGCCAUGGUCAACAACCCGCAUCCACCACUGCCCGCCAAAAUAUCGCCAGAGCUCAAGAAAUUUUUGAUGUCUUGCUUUGUCCGCGACAUUAACAAGCGACCCACCGCCAGCCAGUUGCUCGACCAUCCAUGGAUCAAGAUGCAUGCGCAGCAGCAGCAGGUCAAGGUGGUACUGCCCCCUCCAAUGUCACAGAUGGACGAUGACAGCUCGCCCGAUGAGCAAGAGGAUGAUAAUGGUUCGCUCGAUAUGAGGGAGCGCGUGGCAGAGCUGGAAGCACAGCGCAAGGACAUGACUCACACGAUCCAGAAACUCAAGAUACACUUUAUACGCGCGAUGCGAGAGAAGAAGUUAAUGAGAGAGCUGAUAGCUCAGUUGGUGCAGGAGCGUGAUGGAUAUAUGGUGGACCUGGGGCUGACCCCGCCUCCGCCCCCAAGCAUCCUACAACAGACAUCACAUAGUUCGAGUGGUCAUAAUAGCAUUGGCAAGACAUCGCCCGUCGUGGACACGUCGACCACCGAGCUGCCAAUGCCCGAGUCGCCCACAGCGUCUUCCAAACACGCUCGAUCGUCAUCCGUGCCAAUCUCCCCACCUAUCAAGAUAGCAUCGUCCUCGCCAUCGCCACUCACAUCUGGUCCAUCAUUGCAAAGCUCGAGCAGUCACAACAAGUCUUCAUCAAACAUACUAUCUGCCGAGUUCUUCCAGCAACCAGCCAUGUCCGCAGCGACCUCUGUCGACUCUGACAGUGAACACGAAGAGAAUGGAGGUGUGGACCAAGGUGUACUGCUUACAACACUCAAUGAACUACAUCAACAGCAACAGCAACAAAAGGCCAGACGCACACCACCCCGUCUAUCACGCGACAAUGAUCGUCCCGAGCACACAUCAAACCCAUCAGGUCUUGGCGGCUACCUCUCGAGCGAGACCAACGUCCACGUAUAUCAAGGUGUGGCUGUCGCUCCAACCAAUGUCCAUGUCAAUGCAUUCGCCAGCUCCCCAUCUUUAUACAAUGUUGGCGGGUCACUCUCUGGCAUUGGCGGCCCAACAUCAACAACCAAGAAGUCACCCACCUCUAGUAUCCUACAACGCGAGUCAUCACACAAGUCACAGAUCAAUCAAUACGUAUCCUCACCUCUACAACAGAAUGGUCACCGCAGCGAGAACAGCAUAUUGAAUGGAGGUGGCAAUAGUAGUGGAUCACUCAACUCACCCAAUGGUUCACGUAAAGGAUCACAAAGUAUCCCACCUCUGUCCAUUGAUCAAACGACAUUAUUAUCAUCAACAUCAUUAUCAUCAUCAUCAUCGUCAUCAUCUGGCACUCAUACAUCAAUAGCACCAGUAGAGUCUGUUGUGGUCAAUGUUCAGCCACCAAGGAUUGGAGAUGAGUGCAAGGUCAAAUGUGGAGAUUGUUGGUAUGAUGCUUUGGUGGAGCUGGUCAGUGGCACAUCGACCAUCGUCAUCACCAUCAAGCCAUUCAACAUCAAACAAGAAGUAUCCCAAUCAUCCAUAACAUUGGCUCCACUCCAAUUCCCCGUUUCCACCAAGAAGAAGAGCAAGCUCAGCAGUAUAUUUAGUAGUGGUAGUAGUAGUAAUAACGUUGUUGUUGGAAGUAGUAUUAGUAGUGGUUUAAGCUCCAAUAAAUUGUAA